AUGCGGGGGGGACGGUGGGCACCGGGUCCGGGACACACCCACAACGGACGCGGUUGGUCCACCGCCGAAAACCCUCGACCACGGUACAAGGUCGUCAAUCGUCCGCUCUGGUCUGCAGCGUCACGGCGUCCGUUAUUAAGCUGUGGUGUGUCAUGGUGUGCAGUUGUUGAAGUGAAAGUGUCUAGUAGUGAGUCUGUAGCAAACCGCAUUAUGUUCGACCUGACGUUCUUAGUCUUGGCCACCAUGCACUUGGUGUACUGUAUCUGGCAGUCUGGCACGUGGACUGAGCAAGAUCAAACAGCACCAAACCACCGCGCCGCAGCUGCUGACGCAUCUACAGCCGACACCAACGCCAACGCCAGUAACGCCGCCAACGCUGCCUGA